AGUCAUAUUAUGUCUAAUUUUUUGUGAGCUCACAAUAUUUGGAUACGAAAACGAGAAUUGCAAUUAAUUGAAUGUAUUACAUUUCAUUAACAUAGUUCAUUUAAUAUUUUAAAGAGAUGAAUCGUUUAAUGGGUAGGCUGUUUGCCACAAGAUAUCAAUGUAACGUACAAAAUAACCUACAUACUUCAGGAAAGGAUUUCGCCUGGACCAAGAAUACAUUGCCCCAAAGUUUUUUACACUGUAAUAAAAAAAUAUAUCCUCCCCAAGAAAUAGGGGAAGAACCCAGACCUGCUUUUGUAUGCCAUCAGAAAACUAACAUUAAAUACAGUCAUGAAAAACUUUGGUAUAUAGCAUGCUUUGUGAGAGGAUUGACAGUAGAUGAAGCUAUAAAACAACUCAGUUUUGUUAAUAAGAAGGGGGCCAGUUUUGUUAAAGAGACCAUCCUGGAAGCACAAGAUCUAGCAGUUAAAGAACAUAAUGUUGAAUUCAAGAGCAAUCUUUGGAUAGCGGAGUCAUUCUCGGGUAAGGGGAUGCAUAUAAAAGGGAUAAGAAGACAUGCCAGAGGAAGAUUAGGCGAAGUUCGAUAUCAGUACAGCCACUACUUUGUGCGCUUAGAAGAAGGAAAACCACCUGAAGAUUAUUUUAAACGAAAUCCAUUAAAUGCCCAACAGCAAUUGGACAAGUGGCUGGAUCAAAUGAGGAAGAGGAAAAUUAUUAAUUCAUUUUAAUUAUAGUGACAAUGAUAGACAUUAAUAAACAGUAAGGUAGUAUUUCA